AUGACAAAACAUGAUGGAAAAACAACUGAAGUUAAGGGUAAAAUGGACAUUUCCAAAUCCGCAUUGGGCAAUCCUCAAGAAAAUGAGAGGAAUCCUAAUAAGGGUUCUCCCCUCAUCUCAUUCCUCAAAGACUCCUCCCUCAUUCCUAUGCCUUCCAACCAAACAAGGGAUUUGACCCAUUCCCAAUCCAAUCCCAUUCCACUCCUUGCAAACAAACAACAUCUAAGAGUUAGAGUGAAAUAUUUUACUGAAAAACCUUUGUUCUUAGAGCUUUGGUAUCAGAGCUGCGAGGUAGUGGAUGAGUCAGUUCUUCACAGAUUGGGGAGGUUUGAGUCAGCCAAAGAAGCUUGGGAUCAUCUCAAGAAUGAGGAUCAAGGUUCUUCUAGAAUGAUUUUAGUAAGGCAACAGACUUUGAGACAAAAUUUUGAUUUACUGCAGAUGAGAGAGGAUGAGGCAGUUCAACAUUUUAUUACAAGAGUUCUAGCUGUUGUAAAUCAAAUCAGAGGUAUGAGGAUUGAGUUGAAGGAAGAUGAGGUAGUCUUGAAGGUCAUGAGAAGUCUAUCUUUAAGGUUUGUGCAUGUUGUAACCUCUAUUGAAGAAGCUAGAGAUUUGAAGACAAUGACUUUGGAUGAAUUGAGUAGUGCUUUGCAAGCUCAUGAAGCAAGGUAUAAUCAGUUUUUUGAAAAGCAUGGAGAUAAAACUUUUAUAGUUCAAGGAGAUAAAAGUGGAGAUAGAAAUGUGCAAAGAGUAAGGGUAAGAGGUUUUAGAGGAAGAGGCAGGACUAAUGGCAAUUGGAGAAGAAGUAGUUAUGAUCAAAGACAUGGUGGUCAGAGGCAGCAAGGUAGUUCUGAGUGUAAUACAUGGCAAAGGGGAAGAGUUGGUUCAAGAUCCUUUGGCAGAUUUUCAAGAGGGCAAAGGCAAUUUGGUGGACAGAGAUUCAGUAGAGGAGAUGAUACAAAUGCUAGUGAGUAUGGUAAUUUGUUUUUGGUGCAUGGAGGUGAUGGCAAUGUUAGUUCUUCACUAUGGUUAUUGGACAGUGGUUGCUCAAAUCAUAUGACAGGUGAUAAGAAUUUAUUUUACAGUUUGGAUGAAUCAGUGAAGCAUAAUGUGAAGUUAGGUAAUGAUAAAGAUGUUGAAGUGCAAGGUAGAGGCUUAGUGAUGGUUAUAAUGCAAAGAGGAAUUAAAAAACUGAUUCAUAAUGUGAAAUAUGUGCAACAGUUGGCUCAUAAUUUACUCAGUAUUAGGCAGGUGACAGCUUGUGAUUAUGAAAUUGUUUUUAAGAAGACUUGGUGUAGAAUCAUGAAUGUAGCAGGUGAAUUAGUGUUGAUGUUGCACAGAAAUAGUAACAAUUUGUAUCCAAUAGAGUUCUCUGCUGGUGAUUAUAAGCAAGUGAAUUUAGUGAACAGAAGAAAAGGUGAUCUAUCUUUAUUGUGGCAUCACAGGUAUGGACAUUUGCAUUUUCAAGGACUUGAAAAUUUUGAAUCAACUGAAGCUUGUAAUUGGGGUGCCAAGGGUUCAACCAGUAGAUAUGUGUGA